AUGAUCACCCAUGAUGACCUGCCGAGGAUGAAGUACACGGCGAAGGUGGUGGAGGAGACGAUCCGAAUGGCCAACGUCGCCCCCAUGGUCCACCGCGUCGCGAACCGGGACGUGGAGUAUGGUGGGUACACGAUCCCGACAGGGUGGCCGGUGCUCGUGUGGGUGAGGUCGCUGCACACCGACCCAGUCUACUACCAGGACCCCCUCACCUUCAACCCCGAAAGAUGGGAUAAACAAGUGAAGCCAGGGACGUACCAAGCAUUCGGUGGCGGAUAUAGGAUUUGCGCCGGCAACAUGCUCGCGAAGUUGCAGAUCACCAUCAUGCUCCAUCACCUCUCCAUUGGUUAUGAAUGGGAGUUGUUGAAUCCUGAUGCGAAGAUCAAUUACCUUCCACACCCAAGGCCACUGGACGGCGCAGCCAUGACCUUCCGUAAGCUUAGAGCUUGA